AAAGGAAGUUAAAUUUCGAAUCUAAUGCCUCAACUUUUUAGUGAUUUUGUGCCAAAAAUCAAUAAAUCCGCUCUCUAUUUUUAAAAUGUUGUAAAAACCUUUCUCGGUUUCGUGGUUACUCUGAGGUUUUGUGAUCUUCCGUCGAAAAAAUGGCUCCACCGCACGUGCACAUGCUGCUGGACCAGCUUCCGCAGUACUUCGAUCCGUGGCUUACCAUCGACCGGAUUGAUUCAAUUUGCGCCGGUGAAGAGCAAGCUCCGGUGCCGGAAGACCGGCACGACGACUCCGACAGCGAUGACGAUCAACCGCUCGCUGCUGCUGCUAGAGGCGGUACGCUGGAUCUGCGGGACUGCGCCCUCAUACGGCGGGCCGUCACCGACGGCAACCUGUUGGAACUGCUGAACGACAUCCGGUCGGAAGCACACAAGAUGCGCCAACAGACGGGGCUUUUUGACCAGUACGACAACUGGCAGUAUCUGUCGAAGAAGAUCGAGGUGGACCAGUUUUUGGCGUUUAUUUACGCGCUGGUUUGCCUGGCCGAGUACGAUCCGACGGAGGCCAUCAACCGGCGGUUGGCCACGGCAGCCGUGAAGGCAUAUUUGGUGCUGCUGGGGACGCCCGGCCAGAAGCAGACGGCGGCGUUCAACGAGCAGGUCCUGCUGAAGUGUUUGGACGCGUUGAAGUUGGCUGACCUGUUGCAGGAUCCGAUAUUUGAAGAGUAUCUCAGCCGAGAGCGGACGGAUUUUUCGACGAGAUUACUCAUGGAGUAUGUGCAGAUCAUGGACGAGAUUCAGCUGCUGCUGAAAUGCAUGACGUUGAAGAGCUGCGCCGAGGUUAAGAACCAGCUUAUUGUAAACUUGAAGGUAGUUUUAAACUACGCCGUUAAGCACACCUCGAAUCGCCACGUGGCGCAGAACGUCGCCGAGAAGGUGUUUGAAACGCUGGAAGCGGUCUGUCUGCCCGAGCACGACGACCACAACGAUUGCUCCAAGACUAUUCAGCUCAUUUUGAACCGAACGGCCAUGUUCUACAAGUUGGAGUACAAAAACUACCCUGCAUGCUUUCAAAUUUACAACUUUUUCCUGAAAAUGCUCGAGCAGUACCCGAAGGAUACGCCCACCGUACUGACCCUCUUCAUCAAAUCCGUACUAACGAACCCGCCGAAGGUGUUCUCCCGUCCGGAAGAUUACGCAUAUCUAAGCGAAAUCGCGCUCAAGUACGAAACGGCCAUGUACAGCAAGUGCAACGUAUCAAUCGUGGACUACCUCAAGCAGAUCGAAACGCACGCCGAAACGACAACCCGCGUCAACAUUGUGGAAUUCUUGGGCAAACUGGCCUGCACCGAUUGCACCGUUGAUUGGGAAGUGUUCAAGGCGGAGAUUUCCGAGGUGCCCCGCGAGGUCGUGAUGGUGGAACUGCUGUACAAUAAGCUGAUUGAGAAGAACUCGACCGUUAAGCUGAAGGCGUUCCAUUGCUUGCUGAAGAUUCUCCAGCACGGAAACCAGGUCAUGCGGCAGAUCAUGAAGGAUACGUUCUUCUGUGCGACGGCCGACGAAGACGAGAAGAGCUACCUGCAGAUGAACGACAUGGAAGAGCUGUACCAAACGGCAGAGCUGGAGUUGGGAAUCUCCAGGAAUGUGCUCAACUUUACCAUGAACUCGCGGGAUUCCAACCAACCCCCAAGUCAGUCAACCCCGGAAGAAAGCUCCAAACCCGCCAAAAUUAUCUCCAACAUCAAGGGCAUUGAAACCAUCGAAGAGAAGCUCCUCUCGCUGAUCGACGUCAUCUACGAAGCCACCCUCUGUCCAACGUCCUCGAUCCGACGAACGGCCCUUUCCUGUCUGGAGUGCAUCGUCGAGCUGAACCGCAACCGAAUCGACGACCCGGUGUUCGAACACGUGGUCGUGAAGCUCGCCAAAGACCCCGUCAUGCUGAUGCGACGUACGACGUUGAACGUGCUGAACCAACUUCUUCAGCGCUACCCGAGCUAUCUGCCGCUGAUCAAGAUUUGGUCCAAAUCGUUGCUGCUAUUUCUGGACGACAGCGACCAGAAGCUGAAGGAGUCCGCGCUGGAGAGUUUGAAGUGCAAUGUGUUCGAUAACAUCGCCCGGUUCGAGGAUUCGUCCUCGAGUAAGGUUUUCACCCCGUGGAUGAUCGUCCGAUCGAUACUGGUGCUCGGCAAGAUCAACGUGCUGAAGGCGGCCGUCGACUCGUGGAUUCAGAAGUCGAUACUGACCCAGAAGAAUCUCACGAUAAUCGAGUCGCACAUCACCACGGUCAACUGCAGCGAGGCGUGGAUCAUUCUGUCGAUCAUCGCGAGCAAAAUGAAGUCCCGGAAUCCGGACGUGGUAAUCAAAACCAUGAGUGAGAUUCUGCAGGUCGACAUGUACAAUUCCCCGGUAAGCUUGCAGUACAUCCUCUGCGUUGUCAAAGCAUGGCUGGAUGAUUUCACGCGGGCUGGGCUGAACCAUCUGUUCAAGAUACUGAGUGACCUGCUGCGAACCGGAAGUACAACCAUCUCUCUGGUGAGCGACGUGUACAGUUUGUGCUGCGCGAUCAAGGAGAAAUCCGACGGAACUGUGGAUGAGAACUGGAUCCGGGGAAUCCGCGAUACCACGCUGGAAUACUUGCUGCACUACGAGUCGCACUACACCAGCUUGCACAUGUCGAACGAACGGUUUCUCAUCAGCUUGCUGGUUUAUGCCGAAACGUGCACCGAUUUGAAUGAUCGACCCAACGAGAAGAUCAUGGCGAUUAUGUUGCACUACCUUGCACGGGUGGCCUCGGACGAGAGGUUGAUCUUGCAGCAAACGGAUCAAAACCGCAAGAUUUGCGUCACCAUCGUGAUUCUGUCCAGAUUUGCGCUGAGAGAUGGAUCACUCGCUUCCACGAUCAUUGCCGAUUUCAACAAGAUUCUCAAGUUUAAGAACAUUCACGAGAGUAUUAUCUGCACGUUGAUAACGUCGUUUUCGGAUCUGUGCAAGCGGCACACGUCUCUGGUGGAUUCCUCGAUCAAGACCGUCAUACUGCAGCUCAGCUCGCGGUACAUCACCGUUCGCAGCGUUGCGCUCAACAACCUGAACGAGUUGAUUCUGCAGGACUACGUCAAGAUGCGGGGCCGUGUGCUGCUCAACAUCCUGAAACUAAUCCUCGACGAAGACAGCCAGAUCGCGGCGCAAGCCUUGUACGUUAUUCAACUGUACGUCCACACCAAAAACGAGAAGCUGCUCAAGGUUUCCCUGCUGGAGUGCGUCUACGUCUUCAACAACUAUCUGCAGUACGCCGAAAGUGACAUGUUUCCGGCUUCGGAAAUCGACGACGAACCUUGCGAUUUGGCAGGAAACGAACCGGGAGACUUUGCCAAACGAAACCAGAUCUACGACUUUUUCGUGGAGAACAUUGACGACUUGAGCUUGCUGAAGCUGUUGAAGAACGUGAACAAAAUCAACGCUCAGCUGACGCAGCGCAAGUACGUCGAGUGUUCGGCCGGGGCGGGAACGCUGCUCGAUUUGCUGUACAUUUUCACGAAAAUGGUCUCGGUGAAGGAUCGCGACAAGGCUCGACUGGCGAAAGCGGCCGCAUCCGGCGCAAACGACGAGGACGCACCACCGCCACCCCCGGAGGAAGGACCUUCGCCCAGCAAAAAGUCCCGCGUGAAGAUCGCACUGCAGCAGAACGAGCAGGAAACGAUCACCAUCGUGGAAAAAAUGAUCGCCGUGUACCACGGCUUCGAGAGCCAGGUGCGCGCGUACAUCGCCGAGGUGGAACCCGGGCUGGAGCCGCUGGUGGAGCAGCGAUUGCACGAGUUUGCGAUGGCCACGGCGCAGCACUUCCGGGCGCUGGUCGAGUUUGCAAAACCGAUGGACUUUUGGCGCGGACUGUUGAAGGCGCUGGAUGCGGCGCGGGACGGGCCGUCCCCGCGGAAGCGUAAGAAAACGCGAGCCAAGGCUGGUUCCGACAGUGAGGGGAGUGAUGGGGACGAGGCAGAGGAAGAGAUGGAUGAAGUUUAAG